UCAACCGACCUAUUCUUGGUUGUAUUCCUUUGUAAGGCUUCGAUGACUCCACAUCCCCUUCCCUUUUAUCCUCUCUCUCUCUCCCGUGAGAACAAAUCUGAAAGCUCCUCUGUUGGUUUUUUCCUCUUUUUUUAAUUGUUCUCUCUCUCUCGCUCUCUCUCGUUCAUGGACAUGCACCUAAGCGACAAGCCUCUACGGUUCGGUUUCAUGAAUUUCAGCGGAUUCCUCGACGAUUCCUCCGGCGACGCCCCCAGGCUCCUUUCCGACGUCUCCUUCGCCAACCACUUCUCUUCCUCCGCCGCUGCCGCCAUUGCUCAGCCCCACCGUGGUGGUUUUGUCCCUCCUCUUGCCAAGCCCAUGUUCUCCUCCCCCGGCCUCUCCCUCGGCCUCCAAACGAAUGUAGAGAGCAACGGAGAAGUGACGAGAGGAGGCGAGAGUUUCGAGGUGAGUGCAAAUAGGAGGAGUAGAGAAGAUGAACCAGAGAGCAGAUCUGGCAGCGAUAAUGCCGACGGACUCUCCGGCGACGACCAAGACGCCGCCGAAAGGCCUCCCAGGAAAAAGCGUUACCACCGCCACACUCCCCAGCAAAUACAAGAGCUCGAAUCGGUUUUCAAGGAGUAUCCUCACCCCGAUGAGAAGCAACGGCUCGAACUCAGCCGUCGGCUAAACUUGGACCCUCGGCAGGUCAAGUUCUGGUUCCAGAACCGUCGCACCCAGAUGAAGACACAACUGGAGCGCCAUGAGAACGCUUUGUUGAGACAAGAAAACGACAGACUCCGGUCGGAGAACAUGUCGAUACGCGAGGCCGUGAGGAACCCAAUCUGCGGCGACUGUGGCGGACACGCCGUGCUCGGCGAAGUGUCCCUGGAGGAGCAACAUCUUAGGAUCGAGAACGCUCGUCUAAGAGACGAACUCGAUCGCAUCUGUGCCUUAGCCGGAAAAUUCCUCGGCCGCCCCAUCCCCUCACAUCCCUUACCCGACUCCGCCCUCGAGCUCGGCGUCGGCUCCAACAACGCCGGUUUCGGCGUCUCCUCUCCACCUCUACCUCUCGUCCCUCCUACCGGGUUCGAGAUUCCCGCCGCCGGCUCUGGCCUUGCUCCGGCGAGCCGACCGCCGCUGGCUAGUACCGCGAACGUCACGGGACCUGACCAGAGACAGAUGUAUCUGGAGCUGGCUUUAGCUGCCAUGGACGAGCUCGUGAAGAUAGCGCAAGCGCGCGAGCCACUUUGGGUGAGGAGUUCCGACAGCGGACGCGAAGUGCUGAACCACGAAGAGUACGAGCGGAAUUUCUCGUCUUGUGUCGGACCAAAACGAGAAGGGUUCGUCUCGGAAGCAUCUAGAGAGGUCGGGAUGGUCAUCAUCAACAGCUUAGCUCUCGUAGAGACCUUGAUGGACUCGGAACGAUGGGCGGAGAUGUUUCCAUGUAUGAUCGCAAGAACUUCGACAACAGAAAUCAUCUCCAGUGGCGUGGGAGGCACCCGAAACGGAGCUCUUCAGCUGAUGCAGGCGGAGCUUCAGUUGCUGUCCCCUCUCGUGCCGGUGCGUCGAGUUAGCUUCCUGCGGUUCUGUAAGCAGCACGCAGAGGGUGUGUGGGCAGUGGUCGACGUCUCCAUCGACACCAUAAGGGACAGCUCGGCUGGGUCACCGAGCUGCGGAAGGCUUCCUUCUGGUUGCCUUGUGCAAGACAUGCCCAAUGGCUACUCCAAGGUGAAAUGGGUGGAGCACGCAGAGUACGAGGAGAGCCAGAUUCACCGGAUGUACCGUCCCUUAGUGAGCAGCGGCUUGGCCUUUGGAGCCAAGCGGUGGAUCGCCGCUCUCCAACGCCAAUGCGAAUGCCUCACCAUCCUCAUGUCCUCCACCGUCUCCUCCUCCUUCCCCACUCCCAUAAGCUGCAGCGGGAGAAAGAGCAUGCUGAAGCUGGCGCAGAGGAUGACGGAAAACUUCUGCGGCGGAGUAUGCGCCUCCUCGGCUCAGAAAUGGAGCAAACUGAACGUAGGGAACAUAGACGAGGACGUGAGGAUAAUGACGAGGAAGAGCGUGGACAACCCUGGCGAGCCUCCGGGCAUUGUCCUGAGCGCCGCCACCUCCGUAUGGCUGCGGGGGGAAGGGGCGAGGAGGCUCUUCGACUUCCUGAGGGAUGAACGGCUGAGAUCUGAGUGGGAUAUAUUAUCCAACGGUGGUCCCAUGCAGGAGAUGGCCCACGUCGCCAAGGGCCAAGACCUCUCCAACUGCGUCUCCCUCCUCCGCGCCAGUGCGAUGAAUGCGAAUCAGAGCAGCAUGCUGGUACUGCAGGAGACGUGCAUAGACACGGCCGGGGCACUCGUGGUGUACGCUCCUGUGGACAUACCGGCCAUGCACGUGGUCAUGAACGGCGGCGACUCUGCCUAUGUGGCGUUGUUACCGUCGGGGUUCGCCAUCGUGCCGGACUCGGGUCAGAUGGAGGAGGGAGGGUCGCUUCUGACGGUGGCGUUCCAGAUACUGGUGAACAGUUUGCCGACGGCCAAGCUGACCGUCGAGUCGGUGGAUACGGUCAACAACCUGAUAUCGUGCACCGUCCAGAAGAUCAGAGCGGCCCUUCUUCCAUGACUUUAGACUUUUGUCAAGUGUAUAUGAAAUUAUUGAGGUGGUGGGGCAUUUGAGUCAAGAACGAACCGGCGCGUAUGACUCAGCGGUUGACGGUUCGGGUAUUGACUCAAUAAAUGUGUAAUGUGGACGGUUUGAUUUAUUAUUAAUGGGUAAUAUAAUGAAUUUAUAUAUAUA